AUGGGAUCUGCCCUUGGAAUUAUAAUAUUGAUUUGCCUACUUAAUGAAUCAAUAAAAGCGUCCGAAGUUCCGAAUGUGAAUGAAAGAGACAAAAGACUUAAAGUUAUGUUUAGUAACUUUCAAGAAAGUAAACAUCAUAACGAUGAAUUUCAGCCAAACGUAAACAGCACAAUAAUAAGUAGAAUAUGGGAACUAUUCAAUCACUGUUUUCUAACUUUUGAUAAUUUGGCUAAACUUAUUCAAAAUGAUCAUGCAUUAAAAUAA